AAACAGCGAACACAUCCCCCACCCCCAUGGAAUUUUGAUCUCCAAACUGCAGCAAAGCAUUUUCACAAACCAAGUGUUGAGUAGAAGACAGAGAAUCUAGAGAGAGAGAGAGAGAGAGAGAGAGAUGGGAUUAGGGUUGCUAGCUUCUAGGGCUCUGAGAUCAUCUAGGAUUUUCACAUCCCCAGUCUCUAGAAAUGCCAUCGUUCGAACCAUUGUCUCAACACCUGAGCUCCAAAACCCAGAAACCUCAGCCGCGGCCCAAUCGCCGCCCGAAGAUCUCCCGAUUCGAACCCCGGUGGCCGGAGCUAGGGUUGAAUUCACCAACCCUGACGACGCAAUCGAGGUCUUCGUCGAUGGCUAUCCUGUAAAAAUCCCUAAAGGAAUGACCGUUUUACAGGCCUGUGAGCUCGCCGGCGUCGACAUUCCCCGAUUUUGUUAUCACAGCCGCCUUUCCAUCGCCGGAAACUGCCGUAUGUGCCUCGUCGAGGUCGAGAAGUCCCCCAAGCCUGUCGCUUCUUGCGCCAUGCCUGCUCUUCCAGGGAUGAAGAUUAAGACAGAUACACCCAUUGCAAAGAAAGCACGAGAGGGGGUUAUGGAGUUUUUGUUGAUGAAUCAUCCAUUGGAUUGCCCCAUUUGUGAUCAGGGUGGAGAAUGUGAUCUCCAAGAUCAGUCUAUGGCUUUUGGUUCUGAUCGGGGCCGGUUUACAGAAAUGAAAAGAUCUGUGGUGGAUAAGAAUCUGGGUCCAUUGGUUAAGACUGUUAUGACUCGGUGCAUUCAGUGUACGAGAUGUGUCAGGUUUGCAACUGAGGUAGCUGGUGUUCAAGAUCUUGGCAUGUUAGGUCGUGGCAGUGGAGAAGAAAUUGGGACUUAUGUUGAAAAAUUAAUGACAAGUGAACUUUCUGGGAAUGUAAUAGAUAUCUGUCCUGUAGGGGCCCUCACCUCGAAACCUUUUGCCUUUAAAGCCCGCAAUUGGGAAUUAAAGGGAACAGAGAGCAUUGAUGUCACUGAUGCAGUUGGUUCCAACAUCCGUAUUGACAGUAGAGGUCCAGAGGUUAUGCGCAUUCUUCCUCGUUUAAAUGAGGACAUUAAUGAGGAAUGGAUAUCAGAUAAAACACGUUUCUUUUAUGAUGGUCUGAAGAGGCAGCGGCUAAAUGACCCUAUGAUUCGCGGUGCUGAUGGGCGCUUCAAGGCUGUGAGCUGGCGUGAUGCCCUUGCUGUAGUUGCUGAGGUCAUCCAUCAAGUUAAACCAGAAGAAAUUGUAGGGGUUGCUGGUCAGUUGUCUGAUGCAGAAUCCAUGAUGGCACUGAAGGAUUUCUUAAACAAAAUGGGAUCCAAUAAUAUCUGGUGUGAGGGAAAUGGCAUGCAUCCAAAUGCUGAUUUGCGUUCAGGAUAUCUCUUGAAUAGUGGUAUCAGUGGUCUUGAGAAAGCAGAUGUUUUCCUUUUGGUCGGAACUCAGCCAAGGGUUGAAGCUGCCAUGGUGAAUGCAAGAAUCAGAAAAACAGUCCGAGAAACCCACGCUAAGGUGGGCUACAUUGGCCCACCAACUGAUUUCAACUACGAUUACCAGCACCUUGGCACAGGUCCUCAAACACUAUCUGAAAUCGCUGAGGGUCGCCAUCCCUUUUACUCUGCCCUCUCAAAUGCGAAGAACCCAGUCAUCAUUGUCGGUGCCGGGAUCUUUGAGAGGAAUGAUAAGGAUGCAAUUUACUCAGUUGUUGAAACUAUUGCAAAAAAAGGGAAUAUUAUCAGACCAGACUGGAACGGUCUCAAUGUAUUGCUUCUAAAUGCUGCCCAAGCUGCUUCGCUGGACCUUGGACUCGUGCCUAAAUCUGAACACAGUAUUGAAUCUGCAAAGUUUGUGUAUUUGAUGGGUGCUGAUGAUGUGAGCUUGGAGAAAGUUCCGAGUGAUGCGUUUGUGGUUUAUCAGGGCCAUCAUGGUGAUCAGAGUGUGUAUCGUGCCAAUGUCAUUUUACCAGCGGCAGCAUUCACCGAGAAGGAGGGUACAUAUGUAAAUACAGAAGGGUGUGCUCAACAAACUCUGCCUGCAGUUCCCACUGUUGGUGACGCGAGGGAUGAUUGGAAAAUAAUUAGGGCUUUGUCUGAGGUGGCAGGGGUACGUCUGCCUUACGAUACUCUUGGGGCUAUCCGGAACCGGAUAAGGACUGUGGCACCGAAUCUCUUGCACAUGGACGAGAGACAACCGGCUACUUUUUCUGCUUUAUUGAAACCUGAGUCUGGCAACAAGAUGAGUUCGACUCCAUUUGGGACUGCCGUGGAGAAUUUCUACAUGACUAAUUCAAUCACGAGGGCAUCAAAGAUAAUGGCACAGUGCAGUGCAAUGCUCUUGAAGAAGUAGCUGAUUUGAUUACUACAUCCUUGUAAUAAAGGUGCAGAUUUAACUGUUUUUUGUGCUCCGGUUAUUUCUGUUUGAGCCGUUUAGCAAUUUUUGUUUUUGUUUUUGUUUUUGUUUUUUUGGGUUUCUCAAAAUUGCACUGCCAUGGUGGACUUUUGAUGCUCAUAAAUGGCAACUGUUGAUCUAUGGUUUGUAAUUCUGUAAUUUAGAGUAUGGGGCUGUUGUCUUACACUCUUAUUAACAGUUGGAAGAUAUCUGUUCUGAUCUUGGUUGCUUCUAAAACGGUUGGGUAAAUUACACUGACAACCCGGAGUUUUGUGCC